GUCAGAGGUGUGACAGAAAGCGGAGUGCCCGCGGUUUGUAAGAAGUCGCGGCCUGAAAGUGUAGGAUUUACUGUAUCCACAUUUUGCUGCGCGGAAUCGGCUCUUUUAAGACGUCACGCAUCGGAGUUCCCAGUCGAGCUCCUAUCCAAAAGAUUAGAAUGAGCAGCAGACAUCGUCUCAAGUACCCCCAGAGAAUCAGUGGUGUUUGCGUAGUUCUGCAGUUCAUUGCAUACGUUGCGGUACCUCAGCAAUAUAUGUUGCAUGGGGUAUUCAGACAUGGAUGCCAGUCGCGGGAUCUCCCUGACAUCGAAGUUAAAAAGCUUAACAGCUCAACAGCUUUGAACAAGUUGGGGAUUGCGGUGCGAGGUAGAUCUUUGCUUGGCGUCCUUUUUGAUUACAUCGACGGUCGUCUCGAACUGCAUUGCCUAUCGGGAUCAAAGACAUCGAAUGAGCAUCUGCCAUACCUCGAAAAUGUUUGCGACACACAAAACGUUGGCCGCUGGCUCUUCUUCUCUAUCCCGAGAGAAGUGUCAAGAAUUUAGUGGUCUAGGCUCGGCACGUCGGUGCCAAGCCCUGGCUUAUCCCGACAUCGAAAGCUUCAUUUGACAUUCGAUCAAUCACCACAAGACAACCUUACAAGAUGAGUUUUGGAGGGCCAGGAGGUCUGCAGGCCAAUUCGAAACCUUCUCCACCUGAACGUGGAA